UAAUGUAAAUGAUGCGGAUGGGAAUUCAGGCCAUAACACUAAUGAUGUAGGUAGAAAUUUAGAUAAUGCGACAUACUUAUCUUUACCUCAUUUGGCAAAUACUACCUCAACCCCUAAUAUAUCUGCAUCACAAAAUGAUAGUGAUAUUAGUAUGCCCGAUAUAGGAGGUAGCCAACCUUCCUGUAUGGAAAAUAUAAAUGAAGAGGAUUAG